AAGGACAAUGCUUUUUAUUUAUGACCCUGGCAAGUAUGGGGUUAGUGUACGGUUAAGACUCAGAAUGAGGUCAAAGGACAUUGCAACUUCCUUGUUUUAGAUCGCUGUGUUCCUCACUACCACUCAUGCUUCUUAUGAAACCACUUUGACACCUAAAUCCUUAAAUGACACCACUUUUGUCUUAGUCUCACCUUCUCAACUCCCACUCACUCUCACCCUUUCUUCGUGCUUCUGUUUCCUUCUCCGUGCUCAUUCAGUUUAACAUGGUUUUCUGGAUUGGAAAAUCCCCUGGGGAAUACCUUGAUUAGAAUGUGUAUCAGAAGCACGGGUACUGCUAAAACCAUGCUGUAUCCGAACCAGAUUGUUUCUGCUUACCAUUUUGGAGAAGACAUCAGGGGUUUCCAAAUAAGUUAAACAUGAUAAAACGGUUUCCAAGUAGGAAUCAUAGGUCCAAAGGCAUCAAGGUAAAGCAUGUUCUGCAAGUUCUCCUGUUGCUUGGUGUUUGCUUCUGGUUGAUCUACCAGGUUAAGCACAAUCAUGAUAAGAAGAAGGAAUUUGAGAAAAAGGAUGUAAAACUUUCUGUCAGUACCCAGACAGAUCCGAUCCCGAAACUUGGUAGAAAAGAUCUUCUGCCAGGUAAGCAUGACGAAAAACAUGAUGAAGAUGAGGAAGAUGAACGUAUUGAAGAGGAUGAAGAAAAUAAACAUGAUCACGAAGAACAGGAAGACGGAAGCAAGCAUGAAACUGAGGAACAUGAAGAUAACAAGCACGAAGGCAGAGAACAAGGGGAAGAACAAGAUAAACAGGGAGGAGAAGAGCGGGAGGAGGAUGAAAACAAAAGUGAAGAUGUUGAAGAUGAAGGAAGAGGGGUAGGAGACGACGAGAUUGAUGAAAAUGAUCAAGAGAAAUCAGAGGUGGAUACUACUGAUCGUGAUGAUGAGUUCUUGGACGAAGAGAAAGAGAAAGAACAAGAGGCUGAUGAGAAGGAGAACGGAAAUGGGGAUGAUGAAAAAGGAGGUUUAGUUGAAAACCACAACAAUCAUGAGGCCCGGGAGGAACAUUACAAGGGGGAUGAUGCUUCUAGUGCUGUGGCUCAUGAUACUCAUGCAACUAGCACUGAAACUGAGACAGUUAGCUUGGAAAACUCUCAUGAAAACUCAGAAAUGAAUAUCACAAAAUCUGAAAACGAGGCAACUAAUUCAGAUGAAAGUGUCGAGAAUCAAAAUGUUUCAGAUUUGAGGGCUUCAGAAGGUGAUGUGAUUGACGGGAUUUCUUCAAAUGAAACUGCUGUUAAAGAGACUGGAAAUAAUACAUUGUCCAACCCUGUGGAUGAUAGCUCAUUGCUAAACAAAACAACCUCAACAAACUCUGAGAGCCACUUGGAACCAGGCAGUAAUCUGACAGUAGUGACCAAUAACUUGACUGAAGCUGGUAAUGACACUACAAGUUCAUCUGAACAAAAUAAAACAGUGUUAUUAGCCGAAUCUGACCAAGCUCAGAACACCACGAACAACACAAUCACUGAAGAUGUGAAAAUUGUGCAAACAGAGGGAUUAGAGCAGAGUGGCAAUGGAAAUUCUGAAGAACAGCUGCACAACACGGAUUCGGCUGACUCUGUUAAAACUGAAAAUGGAGAUGCAGCUGGAGGAGAAUCAUCUAAUCUAGCAGCUUCAAAUGUAACUGAGAACCCUUACAGAAAUGAGAGGUCUGAAUCUGAUAGCUCUGAAAGUGGCAAGUCCCAAGACAACAAUGAAACGAGUGAAACACAGAAUGCUGAUGCCACGAAGGAUGAAACGUCCAAAGAAGAAACUCAAACAAAUGAAACUGAUGAAACAUCAGACUCUUCCGCUGCCAAUGAAACUUUGGAUUCAGCUGAACUUGAUGCCAUCGAUUCUUCUGAUAAUCAUAUCCAUGAGGAUGCGGCCGAAAUGCGAACCGAUCUCGAUACAUUGCCAGAUAUCAGAAAUGAAGUAGAUGACGAAAGUGCCGCAGAAUGAAGUGGAAAGAAGGUCAUUGGGUUCUAGUUUUUCUUCUGACCCAGUUGUUAGAAUCUGUUUGCUUUACACAAAGUUGUGACAAGGCAAGAUCUUUAAAGGCGCAAACACAGUUUAGAGGAUAUUUUUAAUGAUUGUAUCAAGGUCUGGAUGUGUGUAAUUUGUUGCUACGUUCCGCUGUCUACUACUUUUGUUCCACUUAUUUUUGCGUGAACUUCUUCUCGUUCUUUCUAUUUUUUUCUAUAGGCCAUUUUUUCAUUACAUCAGUUCUAGUGGAUAAAGGAUGGUGUUUAAGAUGAAUCUUAAUGAAGAUAUCGAUUAUAAAGAGA